UAUCAUCAUGAUCAAACCGAGAUAUAAGUAUCUGGUUAGCAUUAUGGUACUAAAUAAGGUUAGAGCCUGAAAACCGCACUUUAUUUGCUCCUAAACUGUAAGCAGUGCAUAACGACAUGCGUGGAUCCGGAACAAACAGGAGGAUUCAUUUUCUAUGGUGUAAAACUCUGCUGAUAUUCAUCUUUGUUUUGAACGUGGCUCUGUUCGUCAUGUUCAACGGCCUUUUUCUUCACUACAGUGACCCGUUAGAUAGCGAUUCUACCAAUUUUAAAUUUCAAGUUUUAGAAAGCGAAAAGUCCUAUGAAAAUCCUUAUUCAGAAGAGACUGAAGAGAAUCCGGUGUUAAGCAUAGAUAAAAUCCCACUUCCAGAUCAGAAAGAAAAUGAAAAUUUCCUCACUGAUGACGAAGAUUAUAAAGAUGACAACGAAGACGAUGAUAAAAACGGCGACGGCAAUGACAGUCAAAUCGACGACGACCAGCGUACUGAAGAAAAUGAGUAUUACGAGGGUGAUAAUCAUAAAGAAAUAAAAGAAGAACAGCAGCAGAUAACAGAAGAGAAAGAAUUCGAAGACACUGCGACUAUCUCAUAUGGUACUCCGCAAAUUAAGCUUACCCCACAAGAAGAAGUAGAGGGAGAAGGCGAAGGAGUAGAGGAAAGAGAGGAAAAAGAAGAAGGCAAAGAAAAGAAAGAGAAUGAAAAUAAAGAGCACACAACGUCUGUCCCACAUAAUACUCAGAAAAUGAACCUUAGCGGUAAACCAAGCUUUUCACUUGACCAAAACGUGACAAUUCCUUCGCACUCCCUCACCGUUGGAAAUUUUUCUCAACCAACGAAGAAGCCUUCAAUCAAUAUUCCACUAAAUGCAGAAACUGCUACAACAGAGGGAGACAAGCCACCUGAAGACAAACCUGCUUUUGUUGCAGCCGAGCCAAUUACUCAAGAAGUCUUGGACAGAAUAGCAGAAGAUAUGGAAGUCCGUUUUGAAGUGUUGGAGGAUAUAAGAAAAGCGAAAGUAGCUUUACGAAAUCAAGGAAUGAAAGCAAUUGAUGGAAAUCGAUGGUCUGUUCAUUUUUGUUUAACAACUGGAAUGGAACAUGCCCAUCUUGUGCGCAGGCCGGAAGGGUACGUCCUCCCGAAUCAAACGUCAAUAAAACUCACACAUUUUAAUGGUUGUGCUUAUAAGUUAGAACCCACAAAGGACUUCAAGCCUAUUCUUCCUGGGAACUCGCUAGAAUUUUGGGUGAACAUCGGGCCAACGAUUGCUCGGAGUGAUUUGGGACCUCGAUGGUACGUUGCUGCAGAAGGGUUGCAACCAAGGGUCAUUUCCAAUACUGCUGAUGAGAGUCUGGACUUUGUGUUCCUUUCGAAAAGAAAAAGAUCCUGGGAUAGGUUUGGACAUAACGAUGUGGAAGAUCUUGGAACAGCACCUCUUUUGGUGAUUCCAACGCCUUUAGAGAUUUUAGGAUUGAACGUAUCCAGGAAGAUUCACAUUGAUAGCGAAUGGGUCGUGGUUGGAGAGCUUGGGUUAGAAAAUGAGGCAAAGUUCGUUGCAGAUAAGCUACAAUUGCAAAAGUUUUUGUCUCAAACAAAUGACAGAAGAGUUAUCAAGCUCAGGCUUGAUGAGACACAACUCGAAACGACAAAGGAUGGGGGAACAAAGUUGAACCAGUCUUCCAGUGAAGCAUACCAGCUGACUGUGGAUGCUACUGAGGAGUUAAUCACCAUCACAGGAACUGGAAAUGCUGGUGUGUUCUAUGGUAUCCAGACUCUUCUCGCUCUUAUGGAUGACCAAGGCUUGGUUCCCCAGGUCUCAAUAAGAGAUUCACCUCGUUUUCCGUACCGAGGGUUGAUGGUCGACGUUGCUCGCAAUUUUCAAUCAAAGCAGGAAAUUAUAAAGCUUUUGGACGUCAUGGCGAUGUACAAAAUGAACAAGCUUCAUUUUCAUCUCUCAGAUAAUGAAGGGUGGAGACUGGAAAUACCAGGAAUAGAGGAGUUGACUUUGGUUGGUGGUAAAAGAUGUUAUGACGAGACAGAAAAGACUUGUAUUUUAUCUCAACUCGGUUCAGGCCCCGACACCACCACCUCGGGAACUGGGCACUACUCUACCGAAGACUAUCGGGAAAUUCUCCGUCACGCGACACAACUUCACAUUCAAGUUAUUCCAGAGUUCGACUUUCCAGGUCACAGUCACGCAGCUAUCAAAAGCAUGAUAUCUCGGCAUGACAGACUGCUACAUGAAGGGAAGGAGAAAGAUGCGACGAUGUAUCUCCUCAACGAUUUCAGAGAUGAGUCCCGGUAUUUUUCGGUGCAAGCGUUCACCGACGAAACCGCUUCUGUUUGUUUGAACUCAACAUACGACCUAAUGGAAUACGUCCUACAUAUGAUAAUAACCUUGCACAGCGAUAUUCAACCGCUGACCGUGUUUCACUUUGGAGGAGAUGAAGUUCCUGGCGGGGCGUGGCAGAAAUCACCAGAGUGCGAAAAACUAGCUAAGAUUUUAAACAUUGGAUAUCGUACCCCUCAGACGCACAAGCUGUUAAAGGCAUACUUCUUAAAGCGUAUUUCGAAUAUCACGGCAAAAAUGGGUAUUAAUUUGGCUGGCUGGGGAGAUUACCUAUUCGAGCAUACUACACGUACGGUAUUACCACGGGAAUUUUUCUUAAACAAGGAAGUAUACUCGUUUGCAUGGAGCACAACUGGAGCUUCAAGAAAUAAUCACGAAGUGUCUUUAAUGGCUAAUCACGGAUAUAAGGUUGUGCUCUCAAACCCUGAUUACAUCUAUCUUGAUCAUCCUUACGAACCCAACCAGGACGAAAGAGGAAAGUACUGGGCAACCCCCUAUUCAGACACUCGCAAAAUAUUCAACUACAUGCCAGAUAGCCUCUAUGAAGACAUCGAUCAGAUAAAAAACUGUACUAACUUGAAGGGUUGCGUGGACGGACGAAGAAAUGUCUUAGGUGUCGAGGCAGCAGUCUGGGGCGAGACAAUAAGAACCCCUGAUCACAUGUUCCACAUGUUGUUCCCACGUCUUCUUGCGUUGGCGGAACGGGCUUGGCACAAAGCACCAUGGGAAACGAUAGGCGACAGGAAGGCACAAGAUCGUGAAAGGACUGGCGACUGGGUGAAGUUUGCGAACUCUCUUGGUUAUAGAGAGCUGGGUCGGCUCGACAAAAUGAACGUUAAAUACCACUUAACACCACCAGGAGCAAGAUUUGUAGAUAAGAAGCUUGAAGUCAGAGCUAUGCUGCCAGGUCUACGUGUUGAGUAUUCUACAGACGAUGGAGUCACGUGGAAUGACGUCGCACUUGAAACUGAGGUUGACAGGAGAGUUAAGUUGAGGACAAGAUCACCUGACAACAAAACCGUCAGCAGAGAAAUUGAGUUUGAACCACCGACACUAACAACGAAAGUAGAAACUGUAAUUAAACCGAGACCUGAGAGUAAACGAGACCAAGAAACAGAAAACAAUCACAUAAACGUGAAUGAUAACGAUACUAGUGACAGCGAUAACGACGAAAGCAACAAUUCCAGCAAGGACAUUGGAGAUAUUAGGGAAAAAGAUAGCGAUAAUGAAAAAGCUAACUUGAACACCGACAGCAUCGACAACGGUAAAGAUAACCAUAACAAUAAUGAUGAUAAUAACAGUGAUGACAAUGACCAGAAAGACGAAGGCAAGGAAACACAGAAUACAUAACAGCACUGGGAUUAAAGACAUUUUUUAUAGGUUUAUUGUAUGAAUUUUGUCAUAACCCUAAAUUUUAUUGGCUCCUUUGUAUCGAAAUUAUUAGUCAACCGAUAAAGUUUCACGCCUUGUUUCAUUCAA